AGCUCAUUCCUAUCAAGUACUGAAGCGUGGCUCAGCACUGAGAGAAGGAACGAAAGAGAGAGGACUGGAGCGUGGCUCAGCACUGAGAGAAGGAACGAAAGAGAGAGGUAUGGCCUUCAUAGCAUGGCUAUAUACAACUCUGUCUUUCAUUGACAUCCACAACUCUUUUUUGCAGCUCAUUCCUAUCAAGGACUGGAGCGUGGCUCAGCACUGAGAGAAGGAACGAAAGAGAGAGGAAACCUAAUGACUACGCCAAAGCUACUUGGCUACCAACAAUUACUACCAACUGCCAACUACCAACAAUUUGAUACAACAUCAGUCGAUCAAUGCUAUUUAGCUACUGAAGGAGAGAGAACUUUUGAUGGAUGUCUUCUUCCCGAAUCUAUGACUCUGUCGUCCACAUUAUCUGACUGCACUAGUGAGGGAAGAAAGUUCACAGACGAGGCCAAUGACUUCAGUCUGGAGAUCCCAGAGGGAGCCAUUCCUGAGGGAGAGAGGCACACUGUCGACGUGGGAGUCGGUCUCUUUGGCACAUUCCAAUUCCCAGAAGGUCUGAGACCUGUGUCCCCCGUGUUCUGGGUCUGUGUCCGUGACCAGAAGAACUUCCAGUUCUCCAAACACGUCCCAGUCACCCUCCCUCACUUCCUUAAUCUUGAAAAUGAUGACGACAUCCAAUCUCUGGGUCUUACAUUUCUCAAAGCAGACCACAACAUGAACUCUGAGGGACUGUAUGAAUUCAACCCAACAGAUGGAGAGAUGGACUUUCAAACUUUCAAAUCGCAUGGAAUUCUUCGAACAUUGCAUUUCUGUUCCCUUUGUAUUGCCACAAGAGACAUACCAAAGAGCCUUGAGAAGGCAUUGUUCUGCAUUACUGCCGUUCUUCCAAAAUUCUCAAUACCAGUUGGCAAAAGUAUUGAUUUAUACUUUCUAAUCACUUUUUCUGAAUUUAAAAACUUGCCUCAAGAAGGUAGGCGAUAUAAUAGCAACAAUGGAAUUGGAUGGACAUAAGACAAAGCAGGUAAAAUUUCAAUUCAACACUAACACCAGAACUCCGGCGCUAGAGAUGGUUAUAACUCAACCAAAACACGGCAAAAUUGGAUUAUCAGGAAACACAAAGGUGUUUCGCAGUGAUGUGGAUUUCUUUGUGAAAAGAAAGCUUUCAGAGGGAGAACUAAAUACUCUGAAGAGUGAUAAGUUCUACCCUCCACGAUUUGAGGGCUAUUUUGCUUCUUUCAGGGAGAAUGCAACACUAGAUGACUGCAAGAUUGUCUUCAAAGGCGCCACCAGUGACAUUGUGUACGACAUACACCUUGAUUGUCCUACUCCCAUUCCUGCAAUUAAAGAAGCAGUGGAUAUGAGUACACAGACUCAGAGCCAGCUCCUACUUGAUAUCAACAGAGAUCUCCACAAAGCCAAGAGGGGAUCUGCAGCAUCUGAGCAAACAAGAACUGAAGGAGCUAUUUCUGGAACUGGGACUCUUUGAUGCAACAGUUCGGGACAAUUUCACAGACAGCAGUCGAGACACUUACGCAGAGGAUCUCAUUCGGGCAUGGAUACUAGGAAGAGAUGGAAUCAUGACUAAAGAGGAGUACAAAGGAGGAGCAACGUGGGAAAACCUCAAGAAAGCUCUCAGGAACAUUAAUCAUCCUGGAGUAGCUGCUGCAAUAUGACUUGCUGUACACGAAACAUGUAUAUACUUGGUUCGAAUCACCCAUGUUGAUCUCCCUUUUACCUCCAUGUAUAUCUUGGUCAUUAACCCUCGCUGCGCGCAUGCGCAUGAUGCGGAAUA